AUGAGUUCACCUCCUCCCCAACACUCCUUAUCCUCACCUACUUCAGGUAAUACCCCUCAUCCCGUCUUGCCAACACCUUCAUCUUCUACAUCGGUUUCAAUUCGUCAGAAUAAUAAAACUUCUCAGCUGAGACAGAGACAGGAGCUUGAACAGCAGUUAGUAGAAAAGCAAAAGCAACUGCAGGAAACAAGCAGCGGAAUUGGAAAAAACGUAUUGGCUAGACAAGUUAGUCAACUUCAAGAUAGAAUAAAAGAAAUAGACUCUGUGAUCAACAAUCCAACUUCAAAUGAUGAAAUACAGCCAGUUUCAGUUGAUAGACUACGAUCACUUGAAAGGGAUUUGAGCUCUUAUAGAAGUCAUCCUUUAUCACCAGGUAUAUCAUCUAUUCGUAAUAAAGAAAAGCUGUUGAAUCAACGCACGACCUCUGGUUUAGAUCCUUUGCCUAGCCCAUCAACUUCUACACUUUUACCUCCAACACAUGGACAUGAUUCUACAUCUUUACUACCCUUGCCUCCACCACCCACUGGCUCAACCCCAACAAAACGCCGAUCAAAAAUACCGAAUACUGACCGCAGAAACACCGAUAUCGAAUUUGCUACAGAAAUUGGUCAGGGGCUGUUACUAGAGGUUAGAAAAAUGCAGGCCUUAUUACAAGAGAAGGAGGAAAAGUUAAGAACGCUAGAGAACCAAAAAGCUGAUCUUGAAAGGGCCGCAGAAGCAAUGGCAAAGCAAAUGCGUCAACGAGAAGAAAAUGAAGAAAAAUUGAAGGAAGAAACCUGGAAUCUUGAAUUGGCAAAACAAGAAUUAACAAUCAGUGUGACCGAACUCCAACAAAAUCUCAGCAAAGCGAAUGUAGAACAAAACAAAUUGGAUAAACAAGUGAAUGUGUUACGAUCAGAAAUUGAAAAACUUCGUGAUAAAGAAGAGAAAUUAACAAAUACAAUUGAUACCAUGAAGCAACGUCACGAACAAGAUAUGUCUUCUAUCCGUCGUCAUGCUGCUGCCAUCCAACGUGAAAAGUCAGAUCAAUCAAAGCAGAUCGAGGCACUCACCUCAGAAUUAGCAAUCGCAAAAGCUCAAUCUCGUAUUGGUAAACACGUAUCAACAGACACGGAAGUAAAUCCUCGUUCUGGAGACACAACUGAUGAUCAAACAACCAAUACUCUGGCUGUAAAUAAUGAAACCUCACCUACAUCUUCGCCCCCAUCUUCACCAAAACUAGCACCAGCUCGUAACCAAGCAAUGGAAGUCGAGACCCUGAAGACUUCUUUGGCUCACGCUCAUCGUAUGGUGUCGAAUUUACGGUCUAAUCUGCAUAAAGAAAAAACCGAGAAGUUCGAAUUUAAAAAACUUUUGGCUGAUUCCCAAGAAACAAUCGAACAAUUACAAAAUGACCCACGUAUGUGGGUAGAUGCUGGACCAACACGUGGUGCAAGUGGAUCAUCAUCAAAUAUUGUUACAAGAGAGGACGGGUUAGGCCCUGCUAGGCGACCACACAAAGCUUCCCUUUCUUCUUCCACAAAGAGACGUGGCAGUAGAAAGCCUACAAGUGGGCGUAUUAAACCUAAAGGUUCAUCCCCAAAUGCUACUGCUGAUGGCGAUUCUAUCUACUCUUACUCUUCCAUGUCAGAGCUCGAUGACAGUGAAGAGGUCGAUAGUUUUGAUGAUAGUGAUGCCGGUUUUGAUAAUACUGUCUCCAAAAAGAAAACAGUUGGAUUCACACCACUCUCUUCAGAGUUAUCUCGUAGCCAAUCUCAAAAUCAGUUACAAAAGCCUGUAAUGGUAGAUGCAGAAGUGAACACAGACCCCAUGGACGAUUCUAUGUUACCUCUCAAUACAUUGGGUGAUUCAACCGCCGAUCCUGUAACCAGAUCUCUUGGAGAUGAAUUGGACGCUGCUGUUGGUCUGAUUGCGGGUGUAGGUGCUGCUGUCGGUGUCGAUGCCUUGAUGAAACCUACCGGUAUUGAAAUUUAUACUCAAACCGAUGUUUAUGAAGAGCCCAAAGCUAUUCCUGGUAUUGAGAUGAUUACACAAACAGAUCCUGAACCCGAGGCCCAAGUGAACGAGGUUUUUACCCAAACAGAUAGUUCCAAAUUGGAGCAAUUAUCCUUGGCUACCAUUACUUCAACACAAUUUGAAGAGGAAGACCCAUCGAUUGCCGCUGCCGCUGCUGAAGCUGCUGCUGUAUCCACAGCGCUUGCCACAGCUACAGCUAUUGCUGCAUCCCGUUUAGCUUCUUUGGAAGCCGCUGUUGAUUCAUGCACACAAUCGGAAGGGCCUUCCGUUAUUGAUCAGGAAACCCAAUUUGAAGAAACCCGAGUUGUUGAUAUUGGUGUUCAAAGUACUCCUGCUGUUGCAGUUGACGCAUUCAUUCAGUCCGAAUUUGUGGAAACUAAGGAUUCAGUUGUUCAAUAUGAGAGCUCAGCUAAGGAUGUCUCUGUUCAACAUCAACACACUACAGUCGAAUGUGGCGUGCAAAGUGAUAGUCCCGUCACAGCAGAUGCAUCUGCUCAGCAUGAUUUUGUUAACGCCAUUGAUGCGAACGUACAAUAUGAGGUAGAAUCGACAGAUAUCGGAGUCCAAUGUGAAGAAGAAAACACAGCAAGCGGAAUAGGUGCCAUCCUUCCUAUACCUCCCAUUGCAUCCCACACUUUCUCUGAUAGUGAGGAUGAAUUCUUUGACGCAAAUUCCAAGCCAUCUAGUAGACGUACCAUCGAUAGUGCUGUUUUUAAUAACUUGAAACCCGAGUCCCGAAACAGCAAUUUGAGCGAAAGUCAUUUAAUUCCCGUGGUGCUUCCUCAUACUCAAAACGAACUUGGUUCUGAUAGAUCUGAUGACAAUCAGAAGACUGAACUCGGUAAUGUCGCUCCUGCUGAAAAAAUGUACAGUAAAGCAGAAACCGAUUCUCUUAUUGCCACUGCUGUUGCUUUAGCUCUUAAAAAUGCCGAGUCCCUCAAAUCAAGUCAAAAUAAUCAGGAUGAUGUGUUAGACAAUACUAAACACCACGCUCAUGGUCUGAACUCUAAGAAUGAAGAUCCUGCUAUUGUUACCCCAACUUCUGAUAUUUCUAGAACUUCAAGAAAUGAUGAUGAUGAUGAACAACCCGGCGAUGAAAAUUUUGGUAACGUUUUGGUUCAUUCACCCAGAGAAGAAGAUACAAUCACCUUUUUGCCUUAUGACGAGGCUGCUCAGCAACGGCCUGAAUUGACUAUCGGACCCUCUAUUGUGUUUGCUCAAGAGCCUGAGGAGCCUGAGGAGCGUGAAAUUACUGCUGCAGAUGUCCCUCAACGCCCUGCCAAUCCACCACCCCAUGAGUUAUUAAACAAGGCUGGCCUUUCUUCGACUUUCACAGACAGUAGAUCCAUGUCACCAUCUUCUUUGCACAGUAAAGGAAAGGGAUCUGUGGAUGCCUCCAGUGUUUCUACAAGUAACACUAAUGAACAACUGCGUUCUCUGAACUCUUCCCAAUACGAUGCUGUCACUCGUAGCACUGGCGCCACAGAUCCUACCAUGAUUAAUUUGAUCACUCAGACUAUGAUUGGUGACUGGCUUUACAAAUAUACAAGAAAGGCUGUCGGCGGUGGUUUCUCUGAGAAGAGUCAUAAAAGAUACUUUUGGAUCCAUCCUUACACUCGCACAUUGUAUUGGUCUGUAUCUGCCCCCGGUCUUAACGGAAACGAAUCUAAAGCAAAGAGUGGUAAAUAUUUUUUUGUCUGUGAAGUUACGCAUGAAUUUAACGUUUUUUUUAAAUAG